AUGAAAAACUUAAUGUGAAACAUUAAAUAACAUAAAAUCUUGUAAUGUUUAAAAUCAAUAAUGUUUAAAAAAAUUUAUUAUAAAUUUUACUUUAAAUAAUUAUUUUUAUUUGUGAAUAAAAAAGAACUUGUCGGGGAUAUAUACGCGUCCCGCUGUAACUGUUUUUUUAAAAUAUUGAUUCUAUAUCAUAGGUUCUGAUUCUGUAUUAUAAGUUUAUUUUUUGUUUUAUUUUCUAAAUAUCUACACUUAUAAUACACAAAAAAGGUAAUACAAAUAUUCUUUUCUUUAUUAUUAAGAUUUUAGAAGUUAUUAUAUUGUUAUAAAAUUCAACAUUUAUUAAUAAAAUGUGUGUAUUUGAUAUGUAAUGUGGUGUAGGCUUAGCUGUAUAUUUUAUAGACAGAUACGAAGAUAAAAGUAAUCAAUUUUCCGCAUUAAUUUCGGUUGUAGUAUUUAACUUCUAUUUUAAGAAAUAAAUAAAAAAAUUUUAAAAAUCAAAGAGAUCAUAUUAUAACCUGUAUGGAUUUUUUAUUUGAUACAUUGAAUUACAUACUGUGAAAAAAUUAAUAUUUUUAUUAAACAUAACAUAUUUUAUACUGUAAUACACUUAGUAGUUUUAUGCUAGUACAUAAUUUAAUAAAAUCAUUUCUUUAGAUGUCAACGAUGUAAAGUACGUGAUCAACUUCGAUUAUCCGACUUCAUCUGAAGACUACAUUCAUAGAAUUGGCAGGACAGGCCGUUCAAAUAAUGCAGGAACGAGUUAUGCGUUCUUUACACCACAAAAUGGCCGACAAGUUAAAGGUUUAAUUAAUGUACUUAGAGAAGCGAAACAAGUUAUCAAUCCAAAACUUUUGGAACUCGCAGACAAAAAUGAGAAUGAUUCUAUACGA